AUGGCUGACUCUAUUAAUCCCCUUUUGUUCUGCAAACAUUGCGAGGUUAGUGGACAUGACGUUGUCUACUGUCAUCGUCUUUUCGAAGACUUGACGGCCUUUGCCCAAACCGUUGGCGUCGACACUGGAUACCGCACCCAAGGCUCGGGUUCUGGUGACCAGAAACCUUACCGUAUUGCGCGCUGGGGCGAAGGAAAAAAGACAGAAAGCUUCGCUAAUGAUGCCGAUCUCAAUCCAGCUGAGGGCCAGAUGCUGGCAUUUUACCUCGAACAACAGCGGCGUUACUGGCACUGGUGCCGUGCCUUGUGGGCCGGGCUAUGCGGGCAGCCAGAGUAG